CCCUCCUCGUGCCCACCUCUCUCCCUCCCAGGCUGCGCUCGCUCCGGUCGCACUUAUCCCAGCGGGGCCACGUACCGGGACAACUGCAACCUGUGCACCUGCAGCCCUGGAGGGCAGUGGCAGUGUGAGGAGCACGCCUGCCUCAUGGAUGGGGACCUCAUCGAUGCCGUCAAUAGGGGAAAUUACGGGUGGAGAGCAGCCAACUAUAGCCAGUUUUGGGGCAUGACGCUGGAGGACGGGAUGCGCUACCGCCUGGGCACCUUCCGGCCGCCCCCCACCGUCAUGAACAUGAAUGAGAUGCACAUGCCCAUGGACUCCAAUGAGGUGCUGCCCCGCCACUUUGAUGCAGCCACCAAAUGGCCCGGGAUGAUCCACGAGCCCCUGGACCAGGGCAACUGCGCCGGCUCCUGGGCCUUCUCCACGGCAGCCGUCGCCUCCGACCGCAUCUCCAUCCAUUCCAUGGGGCACAUGACGCCCUCCCUGUCCCCCCAAAACCUCCUGUCCUGUGACACACGCAACCAGCGGGGCUGCAGCGGGGGGCGGCUGGAUGGAGCCUGGUGGUACCUGCGCAGGAGGGGGUUGGUGACAGACGAGUGCUACCCCUUCACCAGUCAGGAGAGCCAGCCUGCUGCACAGCCCUGCAUGAUGCACAGCCGCUCCACGGGCCGGGGCAAGAGGCAGGCCACGGCACGCUGCCCCAACCCCCAGAGCCACGGCAAUGAGAUCUACCAGUCCACCCCUGCCUACCGCCUGGCCCCCAGUGAGAAGGAAAUCAUGAAGGAGCUGAUGGAGAACGGCCCUGUGCAAGCCAUCCUGGAGGUGCACGAGGAUUUUUUCCUGUACAAGAGCGGGAUCUAUCGGCACACACCAGUGGCUGAGGGGAAGGGGCCGAAGCACCAGCAGCAUGGCACACACUCCGUGAAAAUCACAGGGUGGGGUGAGGAGCAGCUGCCCGACGGCCAGAUCCAAAAAUACUGGACCGCGGCCAACUCGUGGGGCAGAGCGUGGGGCGAGGACGGGCAUUUCCGCAUCGCACGCGGCGUCAACGAGUGUGAGGUGGAGAGCUUCGUGGUGGGCGUGUGGGGCCGCGUCAGCGUGGAGGACAUGCCCCAUAAGUGAGCGCAGCCCGGCACCGCAGGGCUGUCCUUGUCCCUGCCCUGCAGCCCC